GCUCUACGUCAAUGUAGAAGUCAAUGGCAGACCCGUCAAGGCAUUUGUCGACUCUGGCGCACAAGCUACUAUCAGUUGAGCAUCUUGCUUCGUCCGUGAUCAUGUAUCGUGGCUAAAGCUGCUCACAGUGAGCCCGGACUGCGCGGAAGCAUGCGGUAUACUCAGACUGAUCGACAAGCGGUUUGCGGGAAUUGCGACGGGGGUUGGUACUGCCAAGAUCCUCGGCCGGGUUCAUAGCGCACAAAUCCGCGUCGGACGAGAUCUCUUCUUGCCUUGCAGUUUCACCAUCAUGGAGGGACGAGGCGUUGAUCUACUAUUCGGUCUAGACAUGCUCAAACGACAUCAAGCAUGUAUCGACCUCGCACAAGACGCACUCAUCAUCCAGGGCCGCAGAAUUCCUUUCCUCUCAGAACAUGAGGCUCCGAAGCAACACUUCGAUUCUCUCGAAGCAGACGAGCAUGGCAACGUGCAGAUCCCAAAAGACCACCCAUUGCAGUCGAACCCAAAAGCAGCCCUUGGCGCGGCAGCUGCUGCUAGUGCCGAAGCCACAGCGACAAGCUUUCCGGGAACGGGCAAUACUCUCACUCCAGGGGCGCCGGCGAGCUCCUCAGAGCCCGCAGCACCUGGACCUGCUAGCUCACACAGUUCUCAAGCAAUCGACAGUCUCAUGGCUCUAGGAGUAAGCAGACAAGAAGCCAUAAGACUGCUCGAUGCGAGCGGGGGCAAUCCAGACGUCGCAGCUAGUCUCAUGUUCAGCUAGACAGAUGCAGCCCCUAGGUACAGAGAC